CAGCUGCGCUAGGGUUGUGUAUUGCAUCUAAAUAUACAUGUUUAUAUGCGUUUCGUUUACUUUCUUUUUUUGUUUUAAACUGAAUUAUCUGUGCGGUGAACAAUCACGUGGUCAAGCCUGCAGGAAGAACCUAGCGACCAAUCCGAAAAGAGUCGUGAGGCGAGCAACCAAUUACACGCAGUUACUAGGCGGGCUCGAGAUACGAUUGAGCCAAUCAGCGCGGGGCUAAGAUUUCACUCGGCCAAUCAACGCUCUCCCAUCUGACGAGCGUCAAUCAGCUGGGCUGUUUUUCCCGGAGCUUCUCGCACACACUCGGAACAAGUUCGGUGCUCGGCGGUGUUCCGGCUCCGAGAGGAAUGUUUGCAGCUCAAGUUUAGCGAGAAAUAAAAUAAUAAUUAAAUAUAUAUACAUAUAGAAAAAAGGAAGUUCUGAAAAGCUUUUAUUUAACCGUAAGGAUGUAGCGACUAAACCGACAACCUCGGGCUGAUUAGUUUUACUUUUACACCGAGAUAACCAGCGGACUUUAAUUCAUCGCGCGCGCGCGCCGUCGGAAGUUUUAUAUCGCGAGUGAACCCGGUUUAAAGAAACAUGGUAUGGGACAAAGGGAGAUUUUAUCAUUGAAUGCGUCCAUGAAAGGUAAGGCAACUUCUCUGUGUCGACUGGACGUGGAUUCUGUGCUGAAGAAGGAAGUUGAACCCGGCCAAGGAGAUGCCCUUUCCUCAGCAAGGUACGGUCUGGGCCGUGGGGUGAAGCGUAAGCUGAGCGAGUGUGAGGAGCCUGCGCUGGAUCUCCCGUAUCCACAGCAGAGGCAGCUGGUGUUGGAUCUGUGCCUGGACAAACUGCAGAGCUGCCAGCAGCAUGCCGAGCCCAGCCUUCACCGCUCCGUGCUGCUGGCCAACACUCUGCGCCAAAUCCAGCAGGAGAUGAGGCUGGAGGGUGGAGACGCUCCGCCUCCCACUUCACCUUCUCCGUUUCCUCCACCCACCCCACGCCACGUCCCCGAACUCCCGGCUGUAUCUGUAGACGCCUCGCCUCUCCUUCUCCCUGGACCCAUGUCCGCAUCAUCGUCUUCAUCAUCUUCCCUGACGCUUGCUGAGGAUGUCCAGAGUAAAGCUCCUCCUCCGGUGCUCUCGGGCGAGGCGGACACCGCGAGGUCGCCCGAUUCUCUGUUCGGGACGUUCGAGAUCACGAAUUCCACCAGCUACCUGACGGACCUGCAGCUCGACGACAUCUUUGAGGACAUCGACACGUCCAUGUACGACCCGUCGGAAAUCUCGGUCCUGGCGUUUUCCGCGCCGAGAGAAGACGGACUGAAGAACCUGUCGAACCUGCAGCUCUGUCUGGCCGACCUCAGCGACCUCGACCACAUCAUGGACAUCCUGGUGCGCUCGUGAUCCGCCCGAGCCCCGCCCGAGCCCCGCCCGCUUCAAGCCAUUUUCGUAUUUACACUGAAUGAAACUUUAGAUUUUUUUAAAAGCUUUUUUUUUUUAUAUAUUAACGUAGUUAAAUCUAUUUUUAUACAAAGAACUGAUAUUUAUAAUUGAAAAAAAAACUCAUCUCACACACACACACACACUGUAGGAUGCACAUCGCUAUUUUCCUAUUUAAGCAAAGAUUCGAAUAUGCAGGGAACGAACAUGACGAGUAUUACCACUGACGCUUAUUUAUAAUGAACUUUCUAUUUAAAAAAAAGGAUCGCUGUUGAGGAGGAAGAGCUUUUAUUUAAUUUUUAUGAACUGAUCCUGUGAGUAUUUCUCAAUCAUUAUAAUAUAACGCGUGUAUUUUAUCAGUAAUUAUGACUGAUCAUGACAUGCGUGCACACACACACACACACUCGCACUACCUCUCAAAAUCCAAGAGCAAUCUGCCUCUUUCUUUCGUUUCUACUUAUUCUUUAUCCAGAAACGUUCACAUGUCACUCCCAGUCUGCUCUGAAAGAUCUGGUUCUUCUUCUUAAAGGACAAAGAACUACAUUUUUUUUGUGUGUGUGUGUGUGUGUGUGUGUGUGUGUGUGUGUGUGUGUGUGUGUGUGUGUAAUAUUUUUCCCCCCACUGUCAGACCCCAUUAUAAACUUUAGUGCCUACAAACGGAGGAUGAAGACUAGAAGACUAGCGAUGGUGGAUGUGCACACUGGACACACGCUCGUUCUUUCUGUCUUUUCUAAUCUGAUUGGUUUAUUUUUUUACUCCUCAGUAGAAAUCCCAGUCUUCUAAAUAAGCCAUGUUUGCAGAUGUUUGUACACGGUCUGCUCUGACACUACAGAAUCAUUCUGGAUGUGUGAGAACACGGUUCAGGCUGAAUCCGGUCCUCGGAUCCGCAGCCUCCAGCUCGGAGACUUUAUACCACGUACGAAGCAGUUCGUGUGACACGUUUUAUUAAGUUUGAUCUUUUCCACGGGACGGUGUGGUACAGUAGCUGGUCUCGUAUUUAAUCGUUUGCUGUUUGAGUCGUUCUGUAAAAGAACAACGACAAAAAAAACAGUACGUAAACUGCAUUUGGUUCCCCUUCUGAACAGGGACGUGUGGGCGGAGCUAGAAAUAAUGCAGAUCAUCGAUUGGUCAAGUGAACGUAUCCUUCAUUUUUCUGCAGGAUGUAGAAGGAAGUGUUCUUUAUUUUUAAACGCAGCUGAGUGUUCAGGGUGUUACUCGGCAGUGGUGGCGUGCCGGUGCUGGGAUUUGAACUCGCAACCUUCUGAUCAGAAAGCUAAUGUCUUAUCUACUGAGCUUUUAUUUUAUUUAUUUACCCUACACUAGUGUUUUCUUCUCACGGGUCUUUGAUGCUACUUAACAGUCCGUACAGGAUUCCAGAGCGUUUGUGUGAUCGUUGCAGCUGAAAAUGUUUGAGUUUACUGCGGCUUUAAGUUUACUUGAGUUGGGGAAAUUGCGAUCGCACAAAAUAGUUUGCUGGUAAUGAUGUGGUGGUUUAUCACUACAAAUUAGAAGUACGACCACUGUUAUUAGUUACAGUAUUGAUGUAUAUAAGAGCAGUUUUAAGUUAUAAUAUUUAAUAGUCACACUGUUAAACUUCAACAUGGUGACUAGUUUCCUGUCUCACCGCUCUGACUCACUGCUGUCUUAUUCUAUCACCUCUGCUGGUAAACGAGACCUUUUAGCUGCGCUCAUGUUCGAAGCACGUGAAUGGAAGAGGGCUUCGGCUGAGCGCGCGGCGUGAUGUCACAUGACGCAUCUUGGCCGAAAUGUGUGGUAAUUUUGACGAACUGUAGAUCUGUUUAAUCUUCAUUUCCAGUCAAAAUAUUCAGCCUUUUUUUCUCUUUCCGGCAAAAACCAGAAGUGAAAUUCUGGUGCGUCUUUAAUUAACAUAUUUAGCUGAUGUUAGCUGUAUACAUGUCUAAUGUUGGCUAAAUCAAACGAAUCGAUGGGUUUUAUUUGAACUCGGGACAUUCUCUGUUUUCCGUGACGGAAACCGGGAACGCAUUGACGCCACGUCUUUCGAGCUGGAAAAUCAUGACGUGAUUGCUAAUGCGAGACAACAGGGAGGGGGCGGGGCUUCCAGAGAGCAUCAGUUCAUAUCGGUGAAUUCUAAACGUGUACGCAUCUGUCGGUCGCUCUUCUGGUGCACUUCCGAGCGAUAAUUCAUUACAGCGGACUGCGAUGUUGAAAUGCGCAGCUCCUUCACAGAACACGUGACGGUUAGCAGGUCUGAUAUUGGCAGCUUUGGCUUUAAUACCACCGCAACAAACUCGCUGUAUCUCGAAAGAACCAAAAAAAAAUUGAGCUAGUCUCUGCCCCUAAACCCUGCUUAGAAGCUCCUCCCACUUUUAUGGAUAGUCCCAGAUUCAGAGUAGCGACACGGUCCUGUGGAAAAGUGCUGUUUGAGAGGACGGGGGUGUGGAUGAUAUGGGUGCGGUGUUUACCCUGAGAGAGGAGAUGGAGAUGGUCGGGGGGAAGGGAGAGAGGAGGAGGAGUUAAAGCCUGAACACUGUCGCAUGGAUGGAGGAAGUUGUGGAACAGGCUGCACUGAAGUGUGUGUGUGUGUGUGUAUGUAUGUGCGCGUGCGUGCGAGAGAGAGAGAGAGAGAGAAUGUUAAGCCCAACCCCCACGAAUGAGGCCUCAUGCCUUGUUUUCCCCUCUCAACCAAUCAGUCUGGUUUGGGGGUGGAGCUUCAUGUAAAAAAAAAAAAAAAACACCCUUCAGCUCAGGUCUUGCCUGCUGAACUACAAUAUCUUCAUGUGUAAUGCUGAGAAUCCUGCAGCUCUCUCUACGUCUAUCUGCUUGACGAUUCUGUUUGCAUUUAAAACAACGCAGGAACAGAUACGGGUUUUUAUUUUAUUAACACUCCUCUUUUUAGUAAGGCCUUUCCCAUCUUCCUUCAGCUCAGGCUCACAAACAUCCUCCUCCUCCUCCUCCUCCUCCUCAUGGCUGUCAUGAGGCAGAAACCUGACCCCACUCGAGUUUACACUCCUGUCCUGAACUGAAGGUCCUGCGCAAAACCAGACAGCAGACGUGAGAUCACCUGCUUGCUCUGAGAACAAAUCAAACCCUACAGCUUUUAAACUGUUGUUGUUGUUGUUCUGAUCACACGAACAUUUUGUAUAUAUUUCUUUCUAAUUUUUUUUUCUUGGUCUCUGAAAGACCAAACACCGAGUGAUAAUUUAUUGCUUUUUAUUUAAGAGUGAAUAUUUCAUUGUUGUCAUUUUGUAGUGCAGAAUUGUUCACCUUAACUUCCUUCUGAGUAAUAAUUACAUCAUGUGUGUAAAUAGUUCAUGAAUGAAGAGGUAUAAAUUGUUUUUUUUAUAUAUAUAUAUAAUAAGUAUUUGUAUGAAGUAUGAAAUUGUUUAAACGGCGUAUUUUAUUCGGAUCGUCGACCUCGGACCAGGCGGUUAAUCUGGCAGCUCCUUUACACUGUUUUCACACUGAAAUGAUCAUGAUUAUUAUAAUAUUAUUAUAAUAUUAUUAUAAUAUACACAUGAAUCAUAGUUAUAAUAAUAUGUCAUGUCUGAAGCCUUACUGUUCUAAUGUCAGUAAUGUGUUGUGUUGGAAAUUUACAGUUCUGUUUAACAUGACAUUUUGUUUUAUUUACGAUCCCAGGAAUUUCUAUUUAAUGUAAUUUUAUUUGAUAUUUCUUACCGUGACAUGAAUGAAGAGCAAGCUGCCUGUUUAUCUCCUGAACUCCUCGGCGUGUCCUGGCACAUGAAGCUGUACUGAUGUACAGAGCUCGGAUCUGAAAGCAGUGAAGCCGUGACUAGCUUUAAGCGUCGUAUUUACAGCCUGGACGUGUUUUUAAAUACGACUUUGAGUGAAUUAUCCUGAUACAAUUGUAAACUCCUGUCCCAAGUGCAAUAUAAACACACACUCGGCGCUGUAUGAGACGAGUACACCGAGCUUUACACCAGUGUGGGGUUUUUACCUGAUGGACUGAUGACUGCAUUGUGUUUAAGUCGUAGCUCUCUGUCCUGUAAAUAACAACACCGUCAGUCGUGUUCUAUGCAAAACUGCUGUAGCAGAUCAGUGUGUAACAAAUAAAAAUACUUUAACAAAA